ACUUCCACGUAGGGGUUGCGUAACAACACGCGCCUCACUUAAGACUUGGACCUGAAUUAAUACUAAACGUACUGAAUUCUCGACACAGUGCGACCCAGCACUACUUUACCGCAGUACAAUAUCAGCCAUUCAAUCUUCUUGCCCGCAUAAACACGUCUCGGUGCGAGUGGAAGCUUCUCGAGCUAGCUUAGCUUAGCUUGCGAGCUGCUAACAAAGAGAGGCCUUUGUUAGCAACACGUCGCUCAGCGGAGAUCAAGUGUGGAAAUGUGUGCAAAAAGUGUGAAAGAAGAAGAGUACGAGAGGGAAGUUUGCGGGACAAAAGAGGAGAACGAGCGACGACGUCAGUCAUCGGACGCUGCUUUCAAGCCGCCGCGAGUUGGGUUAUUACGCGGAGCAGACAUCAGAGAAGAAGUUCUUCGUUCAAAGCAGCAGGAGCCAGAGCCCAAGCACAUUAAAGUGGAAGAGCAGCACACUGAUAUCACCGACUUUCCAUUGAUGGGUGUCAUUGUGAAGAGUGAAGAUGAUGAAGACCAAGGUCAGAGGUCACAGCUGCAUCCAAGUCAAAGUCGGGAAAGAUGGCCAGAGCCUCCGGGCAACAGCCCAAGUCCAAACGUCACAGAAGUGAAUGGGGACCACUCUGGAGGAUCACAAUCAGACAGCCUCUUAGCUCCGCUCUCAGAUAGUGAUGACAUAAUUUCACACUCUCCUGACACUGAUGAGGAUGAACACUUCAAAGGUGAUAUGGAAUGUCACACUGAAAACAAACGCUGGAAGUGUUUUCAAUGUGGGAAAGCCUUUGGUUCCAAGUAUAAAUUGAAAGUACACAUGAGAACACACACGGGAGAGAAACCUUUUGCCUGCUCAGUGUGUGGUAAAAGCUUCUGUAUAAAAGAUAGUUUAAUAAGGCAUGCAAGAAUACACACUGGGGAGAGACCUUUUGUCUGCUCAUUCUGUGGUAAAAGCUUCUAUAUAAAUGAUAGUUUAAUAAGGCACACAAAAAUACACAUUGGUGAGAAACCUUUUACCUGUUCAGUUUGUGGUAAAAGAUUCUUACUGAAGGCACAUUUAAAAACACAUAAAAGAACUCACACUGGGGAAAAACCUUUUGCCUGUUUAGUAUGUGGAAAAACAUUCUCCAGAACAGAACAUUUAAGAGCACACACAAAAACGCACACCGGGGAAAAACCUUUUCCCUGCUCAGUUUGUGGUAAAAGGUUUGCUGAAAAAGGAGGAUUGAACAGACACAAUAAAACACACACUGGAGAGAAACCUUUGAUGGGUUCAUUCUGCACUUAUACUUCCGGAUCGGAAAGUCUUUGCCAUAAGCAGCAGGAGCGUAGCUCCCGGGUGGAGCAACAGGCGCCAAAAACCCCGCACAUUAAAAAGCAAAAAGAACCAGAUCCCACUCACAUUAAAAAGGAAGAGCUGCAGACAAAUUUCACAAAUUUUCAAACGACUAGUAUGAUUGUGAAGAGUGAAGAUGAUGAAGACCAACCUCAGAGGUCACUGCUUCACCCUGGUCAAAGUAGGGAAUUUAAAGGGGUGGAGCCUCCAGGCAGUAGCUCAAGCCAACAUAUGACAACAGAAGGUGAUGGGGACCACUGUAGACGAUCGCAAGCAGACAACCUGUUAGCUCCGCUAUCAGAUAGUGACGGCAUAACGUCACACUCUCCUGAUACUGAUGAUGAACACGCUAAAGGUGACAAGACAUUUCACACAGAAAAAAAACGCUGGGAAUGUUGUCAGUGUCAGAAAACCUUUGCUGCCAAGUACAAUUUGAAUGUACACAUGAGAACACACACGGGAGAGAAACCUUUUUCCUGUUCAUUAUGUGGGAAAAGAUUCUAUCAUAAGGGACAUUUUAGUAGACACUCAAGAAUGCACACUGGUGAGAAACCUUUUGCAUGCUCAGUUUGCGGUAAAAGAUUUUCUGUAAUGGGAAAUUUGAAAACACACACACGAAUGCACACUGGGGAGAAACCUUUUGUCUGCUUGGUGUGUGGUAAAAGUUUCUAUAUAAAGGACAGUUUAAGAAGGCACGCGCGAAUACACACUGGAGAGAAACCUUUUGCCUGUUCAGUUUGUGGUAAAAGAUUCUUACUUAAGGCACAUUUAAACACACACACAAGAAUUCACACUGGGGAGAAAGCUUUUGCUUGCGCAAUCUGUGGUAAAACAUUCUCUAGAACAGGUCAAUUGAGAACACACACUAAAACCCACAAUGGAGAGAAACCUAUUACUUCAUUCUGCAAUUUCAGUUCUGGAUUGGAAGAGUUAUGUCUUGAGCAGGGGCAAGAGCCCCCCUACAUUAAGGAGGAAGAAGAGCCAGAGCCCCUGCCCAUUAAAGAGGCAGAGAAGGCGCAGGAUAUCACCAAGUUGCCAUUGACUGCCAUCACUGAGAAGAGUGAGGAUGACGACGAAAACUCUAAAGAUGAUAUAACAUGUCACGCUGACAACAAAAAUGGGAAAUCUCAAUGGGACCACAUUUUUGCUGCCAAGACAGAUCAGAGAAAACACGUGAUUGUCCACACGUACAGUAGAAGACUGCAGGAAAAGAUUUGCUCAGAAGGGACAUUUGAACAUUCGCCAACACAGAAACACACGCUGGCAAUAAACCUUUUACCUGCUCAGUCCACAACUAAAGUUUCUGGGGGGUAUUCCAGAAAAGAGGUUCAACAAAUGUAAACCCUGAACUCUUGUCUCAAAUAGGAAAAUCUGAGUAUGCAGUUCCAGAACAGCUGAUUGGGAUAAGUUCAGCUAACUCAUAGUGUGUUCACCUUGGGUGGAUCUCAUGCAGUGGCGGUAACUGGUGGACUUUCUGACGUCUGCAGUUGCACGGGGUGGCAUGGUUGGGGAUGGCGGCAACAAGCUGUGAAAUGGAACUGCGUGACAUAUCUGUAAAAUAUGUACAUAUGAUAAUAACUUAAGCCGAACAAGUAUGCUGUAAUAGAACCACAAUAGAUGGCAAGCGAGGAGAGACACGCUUGGAAAUGGGAAUUAAAGGUGAAUCCACAAUACAUUACAAAGUCAUCAUAGGCAUUAGUAUGGGGAACUUGCGCCCCCUGGUGGAGACGCCAUCUGGACUGGUGAAUUGCUCUCACACUUCCUUAUCACUGUCGAUCAAUAUUUAUUUCAAGUUUUACGUCACAUUGUACCUCUGUGUGUUUUUUUUUCCCAUUGAGUGAGAGAUUCGAAAUGUCCGUUUGUAGACAUACGUCAUAUUCGUUAAUUAUGCAUUAUCCGUACAAAUAAAGGACGAAAUAUAUAUAAUAGCGUUGUUGUAUUUUUUUUAUU